UUAGUUCCAUACGAUUUCAACGUGUGAAGAUGGCAUCCGAUGCGAAGCGUCAGAAAUACAGCGUAGCCGAGGCUUCAGAGAUGAUUUUUGACGAUGGAAGUGAGCAUGGUGGUAUGUCUAGUGGUGAGGAGUCCGAAUUAGACAGAAAACUGGAAAAUCUUAGCGAAGAAUCGAGUGAAUCGGAAGGAGACGUGGGAGAGGUUAGGGAGCAUGAAGAAGAUCCUGAUUGGAUUGAAGGAGAAGUUUCAGAGGUUAGUGAGAUUGAGAGUGAGGGUGAGAUGGAGAGAGAAGACACUGAUGUUGGUGUUUCUGUUGAUCCAGUGCCUUCCACAUCCCAUGCCACAGGUAAGUUUUACAAGCCUGCAAGGUCACGUUGUCCUCUCAGGGCUAAAAGGGAACCUGCCAGACGAGGUACCCAUGGUGUUCGAGGUGCUAGAGUUUGUGCUUUAGUAGCUCGAGGUUCUACAAGUGAUCGUGGUGGUAGUAGAGCCACAAAACGUGCACCCCCAACCCCAGAGGACCCUUCCUCAGAGGAUACUUAUAAAUCAUAUCAUGAUGAGGAUGAGGGAAAUCCCUGUGAUCAGUUUCCACCCCCUCCCUUUACACCUGCACGUCCUCUUGGGAUACAAUUCGAACAGCCUUUGCUCAGGGGUAGGAUGAAUACUGCUGUUGAGUUUUUUAAAUUAUUUUUUACUAAAGAACUGGUGAAUAAUAUUGUUGAGCACACCAACAGCUAUGCUGUUCAACACAUUACUGAGGGUACCCAUAGGAGUUAUGCUCAAGCAGAUGGAUCAUGGAAAGACACAACACCAGAGGAGAUAUACCGGUUGAUAGCCCUUCUGAUCUAUUUUGGUUUAGUGAAAAUAGGUAUUACUAUAAACAGGUAUUGGAGUACCAAGACCCUCUACCAUGGUUUAUGGGCAAGAUCCAUCAUGCCCAGAAUACGAUUUCAAGGGCUCAUGGCCUUCUUGCAUGUUGUAGAUCCUGCAUCUGAGACCCCCAGUAACAAGUUACGUAAAGUAGAGUCCCUUGUUAACUAUUUUAAAUCUAGAUGUGUUGCUUUGUAUCAGCCCAGAAAACAUGUGGCCAUCGAUGAGCGAAUGGUCAGGUCUCGUCACAGGUCUGGCAUCAGGCAGUACACGAAGGACAAACCAACUAAGUGGGGAAUAAAACUGUGGGUACUCGCUGAUAGUUCUAAUGGUUAUACUGUAGACUUCAACAUUUACAUUGGAAAAGAUGCUGCAAGAGGGAUUAGUGAGUUUGGGCUUGGGCAUGAUGUUGUGGUAAGACUUAUUAGUCCCUACUAUGAUCAAGGUUAUCACUUGUUUAUUGACAAUUUUUAUACUUCAGUUCAUCUCAUGAAGCAUUUAUUUCAGCAUGGAGUCAUUGCUACAGGUACCAUUUUGGAUACCAGGAAAGAUUUCCCAGCAAAUCUCAAGAAAGGAAGCAAAUGGGGAAAGGGCAAAGCCAGGGGUAGUAUGCGGUGGCAGAGGGAUCCGCCCUGCUUAGUCUUGCAGUGGGUUGACAAUAAAGUAGUAUCUAUGAUCAGUACUUCUGGUAAUGCUAAUGACUCUGUUCAGAUAAAUCGUAAAAUAAAAUCUGGUGGUGUGUGGAGCUCAUUAGAGGUACCUCAGCCUCAGGUCUUUGCAAUGUACAAUCAGUAUAUGAAUGCAGUGGAUCGAUCUGACCAGAUUCUGGCCACCCACAAUGUGCAACGCAAAUGUAUGAGGUGGUGGAAGACCUUAAUUUUUCACCUUAUUGACAUUGGUGUUGUCAACAGUUUUAUUCUUUUCAGAGAGCACCAGAGGAACAAUCCAGAUAAUCCUGCCCUCAGAAGGACCUCAGAAUAUUCACUGGGUGACUUCAGGGAGGAGCUUAUCCGUGGAAUUUGUGGUUUUCUUGAUUAUGACAACCCCCCUGUGUCCACUGCAGGCAGACCCCCAAGACCAGCUUCCCAAACCAGCCAAUUUGUGACAGAGCACAUUCCACUUCAGGCAUUCAUUGAGGUGGUUUUUUUCCUUGAAGAGGAAACAUGCGUUUCAGGAAAGCUUAUUUACUGCUGUUUCAAGUAAGGUAUAGCUUACUUCCCUUGUGUAAAUACUUGGUGAGGAAAAAUUCUUCAAUAAUCUGGGUAAAUUUUUAUGGUUUUGGGUUACUGUUUGGAAAAAAAAAAGCUAAUUAAUUCUGUGUGUGUUCUUUUUCAUCGAGAUUCUCUGGAUGUCUUUACCAUAAGAUAGGGAAUAUUUCAUCUUGAAUUGUUUCCUUGUAAAUCCAUUCCAUUCAGGCCAAGGCUGUUUUAAAGUCAAAAGUUGCAUGAUAAUUCAUGCAAACUGUAUGCCAUUUUCUUAGCGUGAUUUAAAAUACAUGGAUUUUUGAAGGAAAAAAAUUUUUUUUUCCACAAAGCUUAUUUCAUCCUCUUUCAAAUGAGAUACAGUACUACUCACUAGUGCAAAUGCUGUUGACAAAACAAAAGAAAAAAGGUUGUUGUCUUUUGUCAUUUUUUGGGAUGUUGGGAAUUUAAUUUUAAUUGUUUUAGUGUAGUAUUAAGUGUUUUUGUAAAGGGUAGUUAUUCAUGAAUAAAUAUAGGCAUGCCUAUUAUCAUUUUAUAUUUCCAAAUCCUAAUGAUACCUGUUUGACAGGAAAAUUAUGUUUCAAAAGAAAAAAACAUACAACUCAUGGCUUUCAUCUUACUUGAUGUUUAAAGUAAUUUAAGAUUUUGAUGGACUGUAAUGAAAUCUGUAUUUUGCACUGAAACUUUGUAAAUUUCUUAAAUUUAACAACAUUGAUUCCAUAUAGUUUUUCAUCAUCUGUCACUUUAUAUGAGCACAGAAAGUCAGCUUUAGUAAUAACUUAAUGCAUGUGAUUACUGCAAUAUCCAUAAUGAAAUUUGUUAAAGAAAAAACAAUUCAUAGAUACUUUCAGGCUUUCCUACAAUUACUCCCCACCUCUCCCCCCUCCUCCAUCCUUCUCCCAUUAAAAAAUGGUUAUAUCAUUAUCUGUUACUCAGGCAUUAGUAGACCAAUAUAUGAUAUAUAAAUGUUAUUAAAUUAUCAAGUGGUAUGAAAUACUUGAGAUCUUCUUAUCAGUAUUACUUUGAGACAACAAUAUUGUUAAAAUGAAAGUUAGCAAAAUAUGUGUAUACAAAGUCUGUUAAUAUUUACUGGUUACAAUAAGUGAUAACAUAUAUGUAUUGGAGCCCUAAUUAUUGUGCAGUUAUUGUAAAGGUUUUUCACAAGGAUCAAUGGUUGUACUGUAUUUAGCUCAAUACUCAAUCUCUCAAACUGCAUUGAUCACAAUUUUACUCAGUAAUUUCACCUUGAUUUUUACCAUUGGGUGUUUCUUGGGUUUUAUAUCAGGCAGCACAUAAAGUAAGUCCUGCAUUAGCAGUCUGUUAACUAUUUUUAUUACAAUGUAGUCUGAUUACAUAUGCAACAGCAACCGCAUAUUAUUUGAGUAAGUUAUUGGCUGUCACUAGAAAUGAAAGGUUUUAGAACCGAUGUUCUUCUUUCAUUAGCUCUCACUCAUGACCUAU